AUUAAAAUGGUCUUGUUUAAAACUUUGUAUAUCGCUUAAAAGAAAGGAAUUAAAAUUUUGAAGGAAGACCGUUUAACCAAAGUAUUCGAUCAGAAUCAACGAUGUGACCUUGAACUUUAUUAAAGGAGGCAAACGUGAUGUAACUCAAAAGUGAAUUAUGUAGAAUGACCAGUCCACUUAAAGAGGCUUGAAACUCUCUGUGUCAUUUUGAAUGCUUUGCCACUGACAGUGAUCAUCUGGGAAUAUCAUUGUUAGUUCCAAGCAAGAGACACUCAACUCUUCUAUCAGGAAAUUUCCAUUCAACUGAGCGCUAGCAGGGAAGUGUUUUAGGUGGAUACCUCGUGAUUUUCUUGUAUGAGGUGAAACAGCUGUUACCAAUACAGUAUGCAGGCUUUCUAUUUUCUUCAAAGAACUGCACUAAGACAUCUUUCAAGACAACAGACAUCUCCAGUGAUUUCUUUCAUUAAAACUGGAUAUCAGAGCAGCUAUAAGAAUUCAGCAUCUGUGACAUUAACAAGACCAUUUAACUCAUGUAAUAGACCAGGUUUGGACAAAUUCAAAUGGCCGAGCAGAACUUUAAGAUAUUUGAAGCAACACAGCGGAGCUUCAUUAUUUUUUAAAAGCUCUGAGCCAUUCCAGAAUGGAUUAGUCAUUGUUGCAGUUAGGAGAAAAAGUGGCGAUUCUAAAGAAACAUCUGAUAAAUCUGUGGUAUAUUAUUUAGUUGGAGUAAUAUUUCUCAUGCUAGGGUUUGGUGUCAUUAGCGUCCCUUUGUUCAAACUGUUCUGUCAGCAAGUGGGAUUGGGAGGACAACCAACAAGAGGACAUGAUGCUUCCAAACUUGCUGAAUUAGAACCUGUGGAAGACAGAGAGAUCACAGUAAAAUUUGUGGCAACAGUUAAUAAGGCUCUUAAGUGGAAGUUUGUUCCCCAGCAGACGUCUGUCCAGGUGAAGCCUGGCGAGACAGCCCUGGCUUUCUUCACUGCCAAGAAUUUGACUGACAGGCCAGUAACUGGAAUUUCAACCUAUAAUGUUCUGCCCUACCAAGCAGCAGUACAUUUCAACAAAGUACAGUGCUUUUGCUUUGAAGAACAAAGGUUAAACCCACAGGAAGAGGUUGACAUGCCAGUAUUUUUCUACAUUGAUCCAGAGUAUGCAGAGGACCAUUACGUGGAGAAGGUCAAUGAAAUCAUUCUUUCUUACACCUUCUAUGAAUCUGAUGGGUCAGUCAAGCUACCGCUGCCUGGGUAUGUGGAAAGUGUUGACACAAAAGGGAAUAAAUUACCAAUGCCUGCAGUUGCUUGAAACACUGGAGAACUAGUAUUAUUGUGAAAAUUGAGAAAAGGUUGAUGACAUUUCAUCUCACUAUAACAAGAGACCUGUUCUUUCUUAUUUAUGCAUUGUGGAAGUCUGUUUGUACAGUUCAUUUGGAAAUGAUUUGAAAGUUGAGAAAUAAGGCAUUCAGAGGAUUGUUUUCCUAAAUUUAUUGAAGAAAGAACCAUUAUUAUGGUGAGGUGCCUUUUUCUAAAAUCUAGAAAAGGCAAUUUUUAUGUCUGUGAUGGUAAAAGAAUAAUUAUUUAGAAUUCACUAUAUGAUUUAACGUGUCCACUCAGAGGAAUUAUAGUUAGGUUAGAUAUAACAUGUUGCUGGCAGUUGUUAUUACAUACAUGAACAAAAUUGCUUUAGAGAAAAUUUUUUCUUUCAAAAUUGUAGAACUUGCUUAAAGGGUUUGCUUCAUGCCGUCAGAAU